GUCUGUGUGGAAGAACUGCAGCGUAUUAGGAGUACUGUUGGUGAUGUCACGAUUAAUAAUCGCAGUUCUACUCCUCGGUGUCUUUAUACACGAGUCUCACAGUGCAAAUGUGAAGUGUACGAAGCCUUCUUGGUUCAAGUGUCGUAAUGGUAACUGCAUAUCGCACUCCUUGGAAUGCGACGGCGACAAUGAUUGUGGUGAUAACUCGGAUGAAGAACAUUGUAAAUUCAAG